AUGCAACUCUUCCAGGACCUCCUCACAACAGAGUCAACCGUGUCCCAAGCACCUCUCACAGUACAGGCCCACAAGAGUGAGUUAGCAUGCCUCAGUGUGAACAGAGAAGGGACCCUGCUUGCCACAGCGUCACACAAGGGCACGCUUAUUAGGGUGUGGGACACUGCCAGGCGUGUUUUACUGGCAGAAUUACGGAGGGGUUCAGAUCCUGCAACAUUAUAUUGCAUUAACUUUAGUGGUGAUAGUGAAUUUUUGUGCUGCUCCAGUGACAAGGGAACAAUCCACAUAUUCGCACUCAAGGACACAAAGCUGAACCGCCGUUCAACAUUUUCACGAAUGGGGUUCCUCGGCGGGUAUAUGGAAUCCCAGUGGGCACUUGCAAAUUUCACCGUCCCUCCUGAGUGUGCCUGUGUCUGUGCCUUUGGGACUAGCUCCACUGUUUAUGCAAUAUGCGUGGAUGGAACAUUUCACAAGUACGUGUUCAAGGCAGAUGGAUGCUGUAACCGAGAGUCAUUUGAUGUCUACUUAGACCUUGUUGCCGAUGAUGAGUUUUAAAAAGUAGGCAGAACUGGGCUUCUGUAUCACAUUAUCAGUGGUAUUGCUGAAAUCACUUGCUGAGUUUCCCCAUUAUGCUUUAUCUGAUCUUUUGUUAAUUAAAGAGGAAUACUUUCUUUUAUAG